AUACACAACAACCCUUGAAAGAGUGUUUUCUGACUCAUCUGAGUGUUAACUAUUUGUCCGCCUUGUUCUCGGUGUUUAACUGUGUCCCUGGGUGGAAGAAUCUGCGCAGCUGCCAAAACGUUACUACAUUUGAGAGAAGUAACGCCGAAACUCCAGCAACAUAGUAGAGUAUUUAUUAGCUACACACGGAGUUCACUAACCUUCCCCGCUUCUGAUCAAAAUCAAACUGCGAAAACCCUAAAACCCUAGUACAUUACAUUUGAGAAAGAAAAAAAAAAUGUAUUCGUGUAUUCCUCAGCAUCUUUUUCUGCACCUUCACUUGGCAUCUUCCCCAAACCCAAAGGCGUUUAAUUCUCCCCUACGCAAUUUGAGGAUCCGUGCCGUUUCAACCAAAGAGAAUCACAUACCAGCUGCUCCAAUUUUUCUCCCCGAAGGACCUUGGAACCAGAUUCCAGGUGGAGUUACUGCUGCCGAGGGAUUCAAAGCUGCGGGAAUGUACGGAGGUUUACGUGCCAAAGGAGAAAAGCCUGAUCUCGCGCUUGUCACCUGCGAUGUUGAUGCAGUAUCUGCAGGAUCGUUUACAACAAAUGUGGUUGCGGCUGCACCGGUGUUAUACUGCAAAAGGACGUUGGAUAUUUCCAACACUGCACGUGCUGUGUUAACUAAUGCAGGUCAAGCAAAUGCAGCGACGGGCAAAGAAGGUUACCAGGACAUGAUAGAAUGUGUGGAAAGCCUUGCUAAGCUAUUGAAAGUGAAGCCAGAAGAAGUAUUAAUUGAAUCCACUGGUGUAAUUGGUCAAAGAAUAAAAAAGGGGGCACUUUUGAACUCACUUCCCACUCUAGUAAAUUCACUGUCAUCUUCAGUUGAGGGGGCAGAUUCUGCAGCUGUGGCAAUCACCACUACAGAUCUUGUUAGCAAGAGUGUGGCAAUUGAGUCUCUGAUUGGAGGAACUAAGGUCAGAGUUGGGGGAAUGGCAAAAGGUUCUGGAAUGAUCCACCCAAAUAUGGCUACCAUGCUUGGGGUAAUAACAACUGAUGCCCGGUUAACCAGUGAUGUUUGGAGAAAGAUGGUGCAGGUUGCUGUAAACCGAAGUUUCAACCAGAUAACUGUAGAUGGAGAUACUAGUACUAAUGAUACUGUUAUUGCCUUGGCUAGUGGGUUGUCUGGGCUUGGUUGCAUAUCUUCUCUAGACAGUGAUGAGGCUAUUCAACUUCAGGCAUGCCUAGAUGCGGUAAUGCAAGGUCUUGCCAAAUCAAUAGCUUGGGAUGGGGAAGGAGCAACAUGCCUCGUUGAGGUCUGUGUGACUGGUGCAAAUAGUGAGGCUGAAGCUGCAAAAGUUGCGCGUUCAGUUGCAUCAUCUUCACUUGUAAAGGCUGCUAUAUAUGGUAGAGACCCCAAUUGGGGACGCAUUGCUGCUGCAGCUGGUUACUCGGGGGUUUCAUUCCAUCAAGAUUUACUUAGGGUAGAGCUGGGGGAUAUUUUACUAAUGGAUGGCGGGGAACCACAAUUAUUUGACCGGCACGCGGCUAGUAGUUAUCUUAGAAAGGCUGGGGAGACUCACGACACGGUUAAAAUUCAGAUAUCAGUUGGCAAUGGACCAGGACGUGGACAAGCAUGGGGAUGUGAUUUAAGCUACGAUUAUGUUAAAAUAAAUGCUGAGUACACAACAUAGGCAAAAGGAAACCUCACACGUACAUUGGCAUAGUGAUGGGGAUUGGAUUAUGAUCUAAUUAGAUAUUAUUCAGGAUUUCAAUUUUGAUUUCAUAUUUAGGGAUGUUAUUUUGAAUUUAUGGUAAUUAGUCUGCAUUAUCUUAUUCAGGAUUUGGUUGGAAUUUGAUUUACCUUUAUCUUUAUCUUAUGUUUAGGAAUUUCAUCUUUACUUUUGUUGUUUCAUGAACAAACUCUCAUAAGCAUAGUACUCUGCAAUCUGCACUUAUAGUAGUACUCGAGCUUCCUUAUUCACCUCA